GGAGCCGGGGCUGGGGGGACGCCGUUACCCUGCGUGUAUCCCCUCCUCCCCUCUCGCGAGACCUCGCGCUCCCCUGCGGCGCGCGCGGGAGGAUGAACCUGGAGCACCUGCGGCGGCGCGUGCGGCAGUACAUCGACCAGCAACAGUAUCAAAGUGCCCUAUUUUGGGCAGACAAAGUUGCUUCACUAUCUCAUGAGGAACCUCAGGACAUCUAUUGGCUGGCCCAGUGUCUUUACUUGACAGCACAAUAUCAUAGGGCAGCACAUGCCCUGCGAUCACGCAAGUUGGAUAAGUUAUAUGAAGCAUGUCGAUACCUUGCAGCAAGAUGUCAUUAUGCUGCAAAAGAGCAUCAACAGGCCCUUGAUAUUCUUGACAUGGAAGAGCCAAUCAACAAAAGACUAUUUGAGAAAUACAUGAAAGAUGAAAGUGGGCUCAAAGACUCCAGCAGUGAUUGGGAGAUGUCACAAUCCUCUAUUAAGAGCUCUAUAUGCCUUUUGCGAGGGAAGAUCUAUGAUGCUUUGGAUAAUAGAACCCUAGCAACCUACAGCUACAAAGAGGCAUUGAAGCUUGAUGUUUACUGCUUUGAAGCAUUUGACCUUUUAACAUCACACCACAUGUUAACAGCACAAGAAGAAAAAGAACUGCUUGAAUCUCUACCUCUUAGUAAACAGUGUAUGGAAGAACAAGAAUUGCUACAUUUUCUGUUUGAGAAUAAACUGAAAAAGUAUAACAAACCUAGUGAAACAGUGAUUCCGGAAUCUGUAGAUGGCCUCCAGGACAAUCUGGAUGUUGUAGUAUCCUUAGCCGAAAGACAUUAUUAUAACUGUGAUUUCAAAAUGUGCUACAAGCUUACAUCUGUGGUAAUGGAAAAAGAUCCCUUCCAUGCAAAUUGUUUACCUGUGCAUAUAGGGACACUUGUGGAAUUGAAUAAAGCAAAUGAGCUUUUCUAUCUUUCUCAUAAAUUGGUGGAUUUGUACCCAAACAAUCCUGUCUCGUGGUUUGCUGUAGGAUGUUACUAUCUCAUGGUUGGCCACAAAAAUGAGCAUGCCAGAAGGUAUCUCAGCAAAGCCACUACACUUGAGAGAACCUAUGGACCUGCAUGGAUAGCAUAUGGGCAUUCAUUCGCAGUUGAGAGUGAGCAUGACCAAGCAAUGGCUGCCUACUUCACAGCAGCACAACUGAUGAAAGGCUGUCACUUGCCAAUGCUGUACAUUGGACUGGAGUAUGGUUUGACCAACAACUCAAAGUUAGCCGAAAGGUUUUUCAGCCAAGCCUUAAGCAUCGCACCUGAAGAUCCUUUUGUUAUGCAUGAAGUCGGAGUGGUUGCUUUUCAAAAUGGAGACUGGAAAACUGCAGAGAAGUGGUUUCUUGAUGCAUUAGAGAAAAUCAAAGCUAUUGGAAAUGAGGUAACAGUUGACAAGUGGGAGCCUUUAUUGAACAACUUAGGACACGUGUGUAGAAAGCUGAAGAAGUAUGAAGAAGCAUUAGAAUAUCAUCGGCAGGCUCUAGUAUUGAUUCCUCAGAAUGCCUCUACCUAUUCUGCCAUUGGAUACAUACACAGUCUCAUGGGCAAUUUUGAAAGUGCAAUUGACUAUUUUCAUACGGCACUUGGUCUUAGGAGGGAUGAUACAUUUUCUGUUACUAUGCUUGGACAUUGCAUAGAAAUGUACAUUGGUGAUUCCGAAGCUUACAUCGGAACAGAAAUUAAAGACAAAUUAAGAUGUUAUGACUUUGAUGUUCACACCAUGAAGACAUUAAAGAACAUUAUUUCACCUCCCUGGGAUUUCAGGGAAUUUGAUAUAGAAAGACAGACUCUGUUUGAAAGUGGUAUUGUGACAUUGGAAGCACCACAUCAGAAGAAAACUACAGAUGCCAGUCGUCCAUUAGAAGAAACCUUUGAGAUUGAAAUGAACGAAAGUGAUAUGAUGUUGGAAACAUCAAUGUCAGAUCAUAGCACAUGACUCUAAACACUGGAACAGAUCUCAUCUUUGUCAAAUUGUAACACACUUUGUUUUUGUGGGUUUUUUUCCUCUCCUUGUCAUGGAUUUGGGAAUUUGAUAUUUUUAUAUGAAACCCAACUACUCUAUGUGUAACACCGGAAGUAAUGCCUGCCUUAAGAAUGAUAUAAUAUUAAUUCCCAAAGGUUAAUUCAAACUUUGUUUCUACAGAAUAAUCAUACACAAUGAAACAAGUAAAAUGCAUGUAUUGUUCUUAGAACUGUUUACUGUAUCCUGUGACUGCCAUUAAGACUGUGAAAGCUUAAAAAUAGUACUUAAAAUAGUUUACAGUUCAUUUCAAAUUGAGUAGCUGAGACCUGUUGUAGUGUUGUUGUGGCUGCAAAGGUUUCUCUCAUCUGUGAGGAACAUACCAUUAAUUGUUGAAAAAUAACUAGAGUUUUGAUGCUAAUAUAUUUUAGUCUUUUAAGACAGGAAUUAUUGCAACAAUCUUCAUUAUUUUGUUUAACCCCUGCUUACAUUCAGGGAGAGCCUUUUUUAUCAAUUCAAUCGAAUUUGGUAUAUAUUAAAUUAAUGUCAAAGCUUUUAAAGCAUGGUAGUGAAUGUGUGUUGUCCUGUUUAAUCACUUUUGUUCAUUAAAAUCAUACUCAUAUUUCUAUGCUAUAUUACUAGACAAUUUAAGCAGAACUGAUUAGGUGGGAAAUGUGAAUUGCACAUAUUUGGAAUAGCAAAGAAAUUUUGAGUUGCAUCUGAUUUACAAUUUUCUGAAAUCAGUGAUGCCCUUGGAACUAUUUUUAAAAGUUAGUUUGACAAUAAACACAAUGCAAGCCACACAGUACUGCUGUAGGGCUGUAGAAAUUCUCUACCUUGACAAAAUAAGUGAGUGUAAAAGAAAAAGGGAAGUGUGUGUACAGUUUUUAUGAAGUCUCUAAACCUGUGGUAUUUUACUUUUGAAUAUGCUACUUGUUCAUUGAAAAUAGUGAAGCAAAGUUUGUCUUUCAUGAACUGAGAUGCUGACUAAACCAUAAAUCAUUCAAUAAACUUAGCAAGGCCUUCUA